AUGGGCAUCCGGAAGACGUCGCGUGUCGUAGCUGCACUGGCUUCAGUUGCAUCCGUUGCCGCACACGGCCAUGUAACAAACAUCGUCAUCAACGGGGUCUCCUACCGCAACUACAUCCCAACUCAAGACCCAUACACCAACAACCCACCUUUGGUUGCCGGAUGGUCUGCUGAACAGAAGGAUAACGGCUUCGUCGACCCAAGCGCUUACAACGCACCCGAUAUUAUUUGCCACAAGCAAGCCGCCUCCGGCAAAGGUCGCAUCACGGUAGCUGCCGGCGAUACGAUCCAACUUCAAUGGACUGAGUGGCCAGACAGUCACAAAGGUCCUGUCAUGGACUUCCUGGCCAAUUGCAACGGUCCAUGUAACGCCAUUGAUAAGACAGCCCUCCGCUUCUUCAAGAUCGAUGGUGCCGGGCUCAUCGACCCUCCUCAGAAAACCAACAAGUGGGCCGCGAGUGCCCUCAUCGCCAACGGGAACGCGUGGCUCGUUCGCAUCCCGUCCAAUGUUGCACCAGGCCACUAUGUCCUCCGUCACGACAUCAUUGCCCUCCACAGCGCCGGGCAACAGAAUGGAGCCCAGAGCUAUCCCCAGUGCAUCAACCUGGAGAUCACGGGUGACGGCACUUACAAUCCCCCUGGAGUUCUAGGCACCGCGCUUUAUGGAGCGAACGAUCCCGGUAUUUACUACAACAUCUACCGUGACAAUCUCAAUGACUACGUCAUUCCUGGACCGGCAAUCAUCUCUGGUGGUGUCUCGAUGGUGCCACAGAGCAGGAUCGCGAUUACUGCUUCCGCAAGCGCGACGCCGUAUGGCACCACGAUUGUUGCUUCAUCUUCCCGUGUUGCGAGCAGUGCUGUUGUUUCUAGCUCUAAGAUCACUACUAGCUCUUCCGCCAGCUCCUCUACCUCCACCACAUCUUCAACGUCUACCAAGAAUACCGGUAGCAACACCCCGACAAGCACCAUUGUCCGAACAUCCACCUCGACACUGACGACAUUGAAGACACUCACCAGCGUGACCCCGAUCACUACUAAACCACCCUCAAACGGCGAGGUCACUCAGGGUCUUUACCAGCAAUGUGGCGGUAAUGGCUGGACCGGUCCGACGGCAUGCCCAGCAUACGCUGCUUGUUCCACCAUGGACUCGUACUACGCGCAGUGCAGACCAACGCCGGCUGCUGGUGGAGGACAGCCUUUGUAUGCGCAGUGUGGAGGAAACGGAUACACCGGAGAGACUCAAUGUGUUUCGGGGUCCCAGUGCACUGUCAUCAACCCUUGGUAUUCCCAGUCAACUCUUCCAUCUGCCUUUCUUGUUGAUUCUCUUCAUGAGCUGUUCUUUUGGACAAACUCAAGAGAGCCCUUGCAGAAUCGUGACAACAAACUACAAUAUUGGCCGCAACAAGACAACGAAGACCUAAUCGAAAUACAGUUCAAUGACAUCGCACUAACAAGCCCUAAUAAACAAGCUCUCUCACCUCCGACUCCAUACUUCGACCUCGCCUACGAAGGCUUCGACAUCAAGGCAGUAGCACGCCGAAAUGACGUCUCUGAUAGAAAGUACUUAACAUACGAAGGAACAUCAGUGUCUAGCACACAUGCCAUAAGGAAAGACUACAACGGAUCUGGUGUGGAGAACUUCGAUCUAGAUGGCUUCGACUACAAAUGCAUGCGGACGUUGCCCGAGCCAGAGCGACGACCAUGCAAAAUCACAAUCAUUGGAGUAUCAGUAAAUGGCGACAAUGUGUCUGAAAGUUGCACUGAUGACUGGAUGAGAGCAGAUGCAACUCUUUUGCGAUGCGACGUCAAGUUGAUGAAGAAUCUCAGGGGUAUCAGGAUUGGGACCUCGAGAGGAGGGUAUCCUACCACCAAUCGGUUUACUAUGGUCACAGUCAUGGACAAUCUCAACUUCACGCACUUGUCAAGUUACCUCUGGCGUUGA